AUGUCGGUAGUGAAACCUUCACAGCUACCAUCUUCCACCUCUGUAUGCACUAUGUAUGGUUCUUUCCUAACUCUCGCAAUCGUAACCAUAGUCUCUUACACAUCACUCUCUAUCACAUACCUCCAUUCCCCCGCUACCCAAUCUAGCUCGCCUCCUCAGACUUUCUUGCGUAUUAAUACUUCUCAGUUGGUUAGGGAGAAUAAUGUGGAGGAGGAGUUACAGGAUGUGCAUCAUUCGCCGGAGAUAUUUAGGCUGAUUUAUGCAAAGAUGGUGAGGAGAGUCAAAGUUUAUAUCUACCCAGAUGGUGAUCCAAAUAUGUUCUAUCAGACGUAG